AUGGCCUCAUCGCUUCUCGCCGCCUUGCCCGGGUAUUCGACUCUCGAAUAUCACUUUUCGGGGUCUCAGAACCGCACCACCUCCGCCGGUGUUGCAGUGUACAAUUCAUGGACGCUCAGUUUAGUCUACGAUAGGCUGGUCUUGGACUUGUAUCUAAGCUACGUCUGGCGGUGCCCUAAGCCUGUUGUCGAAGACUUGUACGCCAAGGUCAUUGCCCAAGCCUCAGGCACUUUGGAGGAUGGUGGUCUUCGCAUCAUCGACAUUGGCGUUGGCACUGGAUAUUUUGUCUCCCACGCCCCCAUCCCCCCAAAGGCAUCCCUAACGCUGUUUGAUCUCAAUCAAUCAUGUCUGGAUGCGGCAUCUGAGCGGUGCAGAACAACACACAAGGCAAGAGGUGUUCUGGUCGACGUGGACACGAUUUGCGGCGACUUCUUGGCCCCAGAAUCAAGCUCGGGUUCCGUCUACACACACCUUGGUGGUAGCGAGAGAAGCAUCGAUCUCAUUUUCACGACAAUGCUACUGCAUUGUGUACCUGGACCUCCGGCGCGGAAGGCUUCCGCUCUGGCACGUCUCUCCCGGCUGUUGAAACCAACGACUGGUACCCUGGCUGGCGUCACGAUCUUGGGCGAUGGUGCCGCACACAACUGGGCAGGAAGGUCACUGAUGUUCUUGCAUAACCUGAUGGGGUGGUUUGGCAAUAGCCAAGAUGAUGAAAUGGCUUUUGUGCGUGCGCUAGAAGACGCCUUUGAGAUCGUUGAGUGGAAGGUCGUCGGAGCAGUUUUGGUGUUCCAGGCUCGAAGCCCGAGACUGUAG